GAAGAAAGCUCCAACUUUCGUAGCGAGUUACCUCUAACGAAUAUCUCCAUGAUCAGUUGAAUUUCAAUGACUGAAUGAAUUCACAUAAUCGAUAAGAAGAAAGCUCUGGUUUUUGGAAAAGAAACGAUUCAUCAAACUCGGUACUACAUUUCUAUUGACUUUACGAAUACGGAAUACGAUUGUCACUCAAAAAUAGAACGCAAUUUCCACCAAUCCUUGCAAAUCGAGUGCUUCUCAAUACUCAAAUCACAUCUAAUUUCCGAAACACUAUUCGACAAACGAUCUACGGUUUCUAGACCAUUUAUGACUUUUGACAGUCAAGAUGUCUCGAGUAACAAGAUCAACCACGAUCAAUAUUGCUGAAGAUAAUACAGCAUCCAUUGCUGCCCAAAUCCCUCUUCCAGUGACACCUGCUUCAAAAGUAUUGGCUCCUUCAACUGUACACGAAUUGAAUAGCAUGGCGGCUCAUGAUAGCUCAGAAACAGAUCUCGCACAACAUAUGAAAAAUCUCAAAGCUGCAUAUCGAAGUGCUCUCGGUAUCACAAAAAAAGGCAAAAAGCACAACAAGAAUAAGAACAAGGGAAAGCAAGAACUGUCGACAGAACUAGAACAUACCAAGGCUACUGCCCAUGAGUUCGAGUACCUCGAGGGUACUACUGUUAAUCCAACGUCUGUUCAAGCUAUUCCAAGCGCAGAAACUGCCCCAAGAAUUGCUGCCGGCCCACCCGGUGUUCGCUCUACAACUCUUGUCUCCAAUUUUGAACCUUCAAGAAAUCGAACUGGUCGGCCAACAUCCGUUCAACUGCCUCACAUCAUGGGACAGUCUACCUUACCUCAACUUCCACAGUUGGGACGAACCACUCGAGGUCAAAUUGCAAGACAACAAGCAGGUCAGUAUGAUAGAGGUGUUUCAUUUAUUAGAGCCGCCGAUACUGGAGAUGUCUUUUGGAAACCACCUCAUCCCUCCAGUUGUGGUUCAUCCCUUUUCGCUGGUUCCCACUUUCCUAUGCAGGCUGGUCCUUUCAUCCCAUUGAGACGUGAGCACAACACUAAUCCCUCCGACUGUUUAGCAAUGAAGAAUAAUGCCAACAUAGAGACAAAGGAUGUUGAGUCUUUAGCAUCAGACAAACUUCGAUCCAGUCCAGAGAAGAAUGACGCAGCUGCUUCUGCCACCUUGCCCUUCGCAAAGCAAAUCACAACGCUCGAGGAAAUUGAAAGAGCUUACAAUGCUAAGGAGGCAACAUCUCCUGUUCGCCAACGUUCAUCUUCCGCUGAGAUUGAAGAGGAUUCAUUUAUCGAUAUAAUCAUAAGUCGAUCACCGGCAAAGCCUGUGUCUCGCAUUGAAGACUCUUUGGAAGAGCUUGACAACUUGGAAGAUGCCAUAGAUGCGCUCGAUGAAGCCACCACGGUUGAAAAUUUUGUUGCUACUUCACCCAAGACGGUCAAAAUCCCAACUGAAGCUUCCUGUGAGAGUAAUUCGAGGAGAUCACCCCAACGAGGACUUAUAGAGGAGCUCCCCGCUGCUGGACUACGUGUACGCGUACAUAAUAGUCCAACUCAAGCAACUUCACAAAGACCCAAAUCUACUUACGCAACAAUGCGUGUCAAACGUACAACAGCCACCGAACCAACCCUCAAGAAGGCCAAAUCUAUGUCCUUCGAAAAUGUAAGACCUGUUGUUAGUCCGGAAAAGCCAGUAAUGGUAUCCCCAAGUAAAGUUCCACGUCCAACUAGUCUCCUUAUUCCAAAAUCGCCAACCAAAUCUACGAAGCCAUCCACCAAGCCAGUAUUUGAGCUUCCUGGCGAAGCUGUCGCUAAGCGAUUGAAGGAACAGAGAGAAGCUCGCAUUGCGCAACGAGAAUCAUCUGAAAUGACAGUCGUCAGAACUACAACUACCCCAGGAAGAAUCAAAUCUAGCAAACCCCCCACCAAAUCUUCACAAUUCGAACUCCCUGGCGAAGCAUACUCAAGACGUAAGCGAGAAGCACUUGAGGCAAAACUCAAAGCUCAAGAAGAAGAGGAACGCAAAAGACGGGAAUUCAAAGCUAGACCUAUAAGCAAAACCAUUACUUCCCGUACUCUUCCCCGUGAUACAGCUGCUAGUCGCGCGCGCCAAAGUAAAAUAGGAACAGCUGGUGAAAGUGUUGAAAGUGGUGGUCUCACAAUCGGCAAACGUGGGAGCUUAGUUGGAGCUCAUCGUCCUUCAAUUCUGGACAUGCAAAAAGUAAAUGUUAUUGGUUCAUCGCCUCGUACCAAGGCCCCUCCUGCUCCCUUGAAUCGCAAAGCAUCGCAACGUCCACACAAUCCGAGAAUGACAAUGCAGAGAACAGUGUCAGAUUCGGAUCAUGAAUUGCAGAGACAGAGAGCAAAGGAACUUUACAACAAAGAUGCAAUGUAUACGGCAGAAAUCGAAAGAGAGAGAAAAGAACGGGAGAUGUCAGCUAUUAGGGCAAGGGAAGAGGCUGCAGAGAAGGGAAGAGCGGCUAGUAGACAGUGGGCGGAAAGAAAAAAGGCCAAAGCAAUGGGCGAGGUUCCCACUAGUCCAAGUUCUGCUGCUUUCUUUUAAAUGGAGGUUGAUCAAAUUGUUUGUGGUGGUUCCAGCGUUUCAAGUUGACUUUGAACUGUCUGGAAUUAGUGUGCUCGGCUUAUUAUGCUUACACGGAUAUAUGAGCCUACGCGUUAGGUAUUCGUAUAUGUGAUUUUGUAUUUCUUCAUGUCGGACUUGGCUUUUAAAGUCUGAUGUUAUACCUUGUUUUCAGCUUAAUAUCUUAGGGUGGUUGUAUUGUUCGGGGCGGGUAAACAGCACUUCUGGAUUUGGUUUUCAGUCAAGGAGUUUAAAAUGUAUGGUUAUGCUCACGAUAUGGUGUAUAGCACAUACGUACAUUCCUAGGUAAUAGGGGAUGUCUUAAUAUGUGGUUCUGAAAGAAAGAGGGAAGGGCGCGGGUUUUGAUUUAGCGGAUGGGUGGGAAUGAAUGGGAAUGCGGUGGACUUGGCUGAGUAUGAUACCUUAGGGGAGAAUGAAUCGGGACUUUGUAUACGUUAUUGGAAUGAAUUGGUCAGGGCAGGAACAUCUCGAGACUCUAAUUUACAGCUCACAAACAAUUGGAGAUGUUUAUGGGAGAUGAGUCGAUUACUCGUCUUUGUUGGGGUGGGGCUGGGGCUACAUGAUUAUGGGUAGGCAGCUUAGUGUACCUUGUAUUGAUAAGUAAUUGUAUAAAUCA